AUGAGAAUUUUCAAAGUAGACUCUCCCUUGGAUGCUGAAUUAAAAGUCUUAAAAGUAAUAUCGGAUUAUGAUGCUGAUUGUGCAGUGAAAUUGGUUGACAGUGCCUUUGAUGAUACAAGCGAAUUAUUGUGGUUUCCUGUGUCGAGUAGAUUUGAUGAGUCAUUGAAAAUUUUCUUUGUAGAUAGUCCCUACGAUUGCGAUAUCAAGAUUAAAUUUGUUGAUUCAAUCUAUGAUGUGAGAUGGAUCAACGAAGAUAAGAAGCAUCUCUUGAAGAAUAAUUCCCCAAAUGUAUAA